AUGGCCGCCGUACCCCAACCAUCCAACCUUGCAUCGCCGCAGCACUUCGAGCAAAUCAAUCACGAUCUAGAAGCCCACCUCCAAGACAUCUCCAUCAUCUCCAUCCAACACAUCGACCAUACUUCCAUCCCCAGCCUCGCAGCCAAACCCACCAUCGACAUCGCCAUCGCCAUCAUCGUCGCCCAAGAGAUGGUACAGCCUGCGCUCCACGCACUCAUGGAGCAGCACUUCGAGUACCUAGGCGAGCAGGGCGUUACAGGGUACCACAUACUUACACACCCCAAGCAGUCGCCGCGCCAUAACAUCUAUAUCUGUACCAACAGCACAUCAACAACGAAGGACGACAUACCUCCCCGCAAAACCACCAAACCAGACACCGCCAUCCACCCCCAGACCACCUCUCCCACCAUCCCCCCAACACCCACGCCCCGCCUCCUCCUCCGAGACUUCACCUAG